CUUGGAAGAUACCUUUUUUUGUACAGAUAAAUCCCAAAAUGAUAGCUCGGGGCUGUAUACGCCGAAACGCUAGUCAAUUCACUUCGACAGAUCCAACAAAAGUCUUCAAAGCCCUGACGUCUUUUCACCCAGGUCAUAGAUCAUAUAGUAUUGAGCUAAAGGCGAAGAAAGACACCAAAAGAAAGCGCGUUGUGAUUCUGGGCUCUGGAUGGGCUGGAUAUAGCUUUGCGCGCACUCUCGACCCAUCAAAGUACGAACGAGUGGUCAUCUCACCUCGCAGUUACUUUGUUUUCACACCGUUACUGGCUUCAACAUCAGUUGGCACCCUUGAAUUCCGAGCCAUCUUAGAGCCCGUCCGCCGUGCGCCAGGUGGCUUGCGCUUCUAUCAAGGCUGGGCCGACGAUGUCGAUUUUUCUCGGAAGGUUAUCCGUGUUGAGGCCAAUGCCAUUGACAAGCUCCAGCACGACUUAUCACCAAUAUCGGCAUCUACAGCCGCGAGUGAGGUAGCGACAGAAACCCGGCCACCCAAGGGAGAAGUUUUCGAUGUAGAGUACGAUAAACUUGUUAUUGCUGUUGGUGCUUACAGCCAGACAUUUGGCAUAGCAGGUGUGCGAGAACACGCGCAUUUUCUGCGAGAUAUUGGCGAUGCACGACGCAUCCGGUUGCGAGUGCUCUCCCUAUUCGAGCAGUGCUCGUAUCCCGCUUCCCCAGGCGGCAAAGAUGGCAAGACAGCGGGAAGUCCUCUCACCGAAGAGGAAAAGAGAUCACUCCUUCACUUCGUCAUUGUUGGCGGUGGACCGACAGGAAUUGAGUUUGCAGCGGAACUGCACGACCUGAUUCACGAAGAUUUGAAGACAAUUUACCCAGAAUUGAUGCCACUUGUGCGUAUUACCGUUUACGAUGUUGCGCCCAAAGUACUGCCCAUGUUUGAUAAAGCACUGGCGCAGUAUGCAAUGGAAGUAUUUGCACGGCAGGGCAUUCAGGUCCGUACUGAGCACCACCUUGAGGGAAUAAGGGUAGCCGACGGAACCCUCGGAAGCGCACACGGUGGCCUGAGUAUCAAGAUUAAAGAAUACGGUGAUAAAGAGAUUGAAGCUGGUUUGGUUGUCUGGAGCACGGGGCUGAUGCAGAACCCGUUUGUGGAACAAAUGGUCAACAAACAGUUUGCAACUGUCAACGAGGCAGAGGCUCCAAGAAAUAACCUCUUGAAAGACCCCAGAACGGGUGGCAUUGUCACAGAUGGCUACCUACGUGCCCGUAUAACUGAUAAUAAGAUUAGUGAAUCCAACGAAGCCGCCGUGUCUGCGGCAGCACCAGUCUUGCCAGAUGUGUUUGUGAUUGGCGAUUGCGCGGUAGUGGAAGGUAAUGAAUCGUUACCCAAAACAGCUCAAGUUGCCUCUCAGCAAGCAGCGCAUCUAGCGAGGCAGCUCAACAAAAUCACUGACAACUCCAUUGAUGUCGAGAGUGCUUGGAAGCCAUUCAAAUUCCGCAACUGGGGCACGUUGACAUACCUUGGAGGUUGGAAGGCGAUACAUCAAAGCUCUGCCGAUACAUUACGUGGUUGGGUAGCGUGGAUAGUAUGGCGAGGAGCAUAUCUGACAAGGAGUAUGAGCGUGCGUAAUAAGCUUAUGGUGCCUGUGUAUUGGUUUGUAUCUUGGGUAUUUGGGCGAGACAUAUCACGGUUCUGAGAGGAUAGGAAAAGGUUUUACUUGUAUUAUAAAAAAAUAGCUCGUACGCUGAACGUUAACCACACCACUUUGCUUAAUAAACAAGGGAAAAAUUUCCAAUAAACCGC